AUGAAUAUUAUUCCAUUUUUAUCACGUCGUCGUCGAAAACGUCGUUACAGUAAAACAGUCGACAGUCUUUUCUUGACAACACCAGAUUUGCACAAAAAACAUGCACACGAUAAAAAUAAGUAUUUAGAAUUUGGACUAAGUCAGAUGCAAGGUUGGCGUUCGUCUAUGGAGGAUACGCAUUGUUUCUUAAUGAAAUUCGAUCCUCAUGCAUGGUCUGAAUGGUCUUAUUUUAGCAUAUUUGACGGUCAUAAUGGUACAGAAACUGCUAAAAAAUGUGCUCAGAAUUUUCAUGGUUAUAUGCUUCAAGCAUUGAAUGAUAUGUUGAAACAUGAUCAUGUUGAAGGACCGGUAACAUCGUCAAAACUUGAUAUAGAAACAUUUAGAAAAGUAAUAAAACAAACGUAUUUCUAUAUGGAUGAUAAAUUAAAAAAAACAAAAUCACAGCAGGACGAAAGUGGAGCAGUGGCAAUCACAUGUCUCAUUGGUCCGGAGAAAAUUUAUUUUAUAAAUCUCGGUGAUGCCCGUGCUAUAUUGGUAUCUAAAAAUGGUCAAGUAUUAUUAUCCACUCAUGAUCAUACAGCAAGUGAUGAACACGAAAAAGAACGAAUCGAAGAAAAAGAUGGGAGUAUAUGGGAUGGCAGAGUCGAAGGACAAUUAAUGCCGACACGGGUCUUCGGUGAUUUUUCGAUGAACAAAUAUUUGGUUUCACCUGAUGCUGAGAUCGAAGAAUAUCCUCGAUAUGAUUCAAAUUACGAGCUUGGUUUUAUUGUGUUAGCCUGUGAUGGUAUAUGGGAUGUAAUGUCAAAUGAAGAAUGUGCAAACUUUAUCUUAGAACGAAUCCAUAAUACUCCCAAUUUGUGUCAAAUAUGUGAUGAAGUAAUCGAUGAAUGUUUGAAAAGAGAAUCGAGUGAUAAUAUGACUAUUUAUAUAAUUAAGUUUCUGUAG